AUGGAUGCAAUCAAAAGCACCCUUGCCGAGAACUUCGGCGGCCCCACCCACAAUCUCGUAGACGCCAAACACCAGUUCACGCUCGAGGAGACACCGGACCAGUCCGGCAAAGUGGCGCUCGUGACCGGCGGCAGCCAGGGCAUCGGCUACGGCGCCAGCUUCACGCUGCUGCAGAAGAACCUCGCCAAGCUGUUCGUGCUGUCCAUGAGCGGAGAAACCAUGGACGGAGCCGUCAACGACGUCAAGGAGAAGCUCGGUGAGGAGGCGGCCAAGAAGAUCACCUGGCUGCAAUGCGACCUCGCGGACUGGAAGGCCGUGGCCGAGACCAGCCAGAAGAUCCGCGACCAGACCGACCGGCUCGACAUCCUGGUCCUCAACGCCGCGCGCGGCAUCAUGACCUACCAACUCACCGACGACACGGGCGUGGAUCUGCACAUGGCGCUCAACCACAUGGGCCACGUGGUGCUGACGUCGCACCUGCUCCCGGUGCUGAAAUCCACCGCGUCGGACGGGCACAAAGUGCGCAUCACCGUGCAGAGCUCCAACGCGCACCAGAACGCCCCCUCAGACACCCGGUUCGCCUCCCUCGACGAACUCAACCGCGACCUCGGCCCCAACGGCCAGUACGGGCGAUCGAAGCUGGCCAACCUCCUCUACGCCCGCUACCUGGCCCGGCACCUGACGCCGCAGAACCCCAACAUCCUCGUCAACGCCACCCACCCGGGUUUCGUCGAGACGAAACAGUCCACCAAAGACAUCCACGAGCCGUAUCCGAUCGCGGGUGGGGUGAUGAGCACGCUCAUGAACCCGCUCAAGAAGGAUCAGUGGAUGGGUGCGGUCAGUACGGUGUAUGCUGCGACCAAGGUGGAGGACAGCGGGCUCUAUAUCUGUCCGCCGGCGAUCCCGGAGCAGGGCAGUAAGAUGGCGCAGGAUGAGGAGCUGGGCGAGCAGCUGAUGAAGUUGACCAGGGAGAUCGUCAUGGAGAAGACGUACAGCGACAGCAAGGAGAAGAGUUGUCCUUUUGAGUUUUAUUAA